AUGGCUACAGAAAACGUAUCAAGUAAAAAAGACAAAUCUGAGCAUCGUAAGACCAAAACAAAUAAAAUUUGCAAAGGAAUGCUGGUAAAUAUACUGAAAAGUAUAUAUUUUUUCUUGCGGCUUUACCUGGACAUGUUAGUGGACUACCUAUUCUCUCUGUACUGGGAUGAAUACCGUAAGCCUAUACCUGAUUUGGAGGAUAAACAUUAUAAUUUAAUGUUGAGUGCUGUAUCUCUAGCAGAGAAGAUCAGAAAAAAGGAGCUCAAAUCAGUUGACUUAGUCACAGCUUGUAUUGAAAGAAUCAAGCAGGUUAAUCCUAUUCUAAAUGCUGUGACAGAUGAAAGAUAUGAAGCUGCACUUCAAGAAGCUCGAGAAGUUGAUGAGAAGAUAGAAAAUGGACUGUCAGAGGAGGCAUUUAAGAAACAACCAUUUCUAGGGGUCCCAUUUACUGCUAAAGAGAGUCAUGCAGUAAAAGGCAUGUUACACACUCUCGGCGUAAAGUCGCGUAAAAACGAACGCGUGGACUACGAUGCAGAGUGUGUACGUCUCUUACGAGAGUCUGGAGCCAUACCCGUAGCUGUCACUAAUGUACCAGAGAUUAAUAAAUGGCAAGAAACAAACAACAUGGUGUUCGGGCGUACCAACAACCCAUAUCACACAGGACAUGUUGUGGGGGGCUCGAGUGGGGGGGAAGCCGCGCUCUGCGCCGCGCUGGCUUCUCCUAUAUCACUUUGCUCAGACAUUGGUGGCUCUACACGAAUGCCUGCCUACUUCUGUGGGCUUUUCGGCUACAAUUGCACCGCUGGGCACACAAGUUUGAAAGGUUCAGCUCUGCGCUCAGGACUGGACCCCACCAUGGCGUCGAUAGGCUUCGUCAGCAAACACUGCGAGGACCUGGCGCCUCUCGUGAAGAUCGUUGCGGGGGAGAAGGCGCAUUUGCUGGAUUUGGACAAGGAAGUCAAUGUUAAGACCCUCAAAUUCUACUAUGUGGAUAGUGUAAAAGACAUACGGAUAAGUCCACUCAACAGCGAUGUGAAGAAAACUAUGAACAAAAUCGUCACAAGACUGACACAGCAAGCGGUGUCGAUAGACAAAGUGCCAAAACCCUACUACCACCCGGGCUUCGACUACUGCUUCUCUCUAUGGCGACACGCCAUGACGAAGGAGACUGAGAAUUUUGCUAAAUUACUUACAAAUAACAAGGGCGUAGCCAACGGGCUGAUGGAGUUGGGUAAAAAGUUAAUCGGCAAAUCAGACUACACAAUGGCAGCAAUCUUCAAGCUGCUGGACGAUCAAGUGAUGCCGGCCACGCCGCCCGCCUGGGCCGAGCGCCUCACGCACAGCCUGGCUGAGGAUCUCGCUGAGACAUUAGGUGACAACGGAGUACUCCUGUUCCCGUCGGCGCCGAGCGCCGCGCCCGCGCACGGCGCGCUGUACCUGCGCCCGUACAACUUCGCUCUGUGGGGCAUUUUCAACACUAUACACUUCCCAUCUGUGCAGGUCCCCAUGGGUCUGAACGCGGCGGGGCUGCCGCUGGGCGUACAGGUGGUGGCGGCGCCGCGGCGCGACGCGCUGGCGCUGGCCGCGGCCGCGCACCUCGAGCAGCAGUUCGGCGGCUACGAGCCUCCCUGCAAGGUACUGCAC